GCGGGCGGGGCCGUUGCCAUGGUAACGGGCGGCCAUGGGCGGAGGCGUCGCCGGUCAGGUCAACGAAAUAGGAUCCAGGCUUGAAAAUGGAGAUGUACGAGACCCUUGGAAAAGUGGGAGAGGGAAGCUAUGGCACAGUCAUGAAGUGUAAGCAUAAGGAAACCGGGCAGAUAGUGGCCAUAAAGAUAUUUUAUGAGAAACCAGAAAAAUCUGUGAACAAAAUUGCAAUGAGAGAAAUAAAGUUCCUAAAGCAAUUUCGUCAUGAAAACCUGGUCAAUUUGAUUGAAGUAUUUAGACAGAAAAAGAAAAUUCAUUUGGUGUUUGAAUUUAUUGAUCACACAGUUUUAGAUGAACUACAGCAUUACUGUCAUGGAUUGGAGAGCAAACGACUUAGGAAAUACCUUUUCCAGAUCCUUCGAGCUCUUGAAUUCCUUCAUAAUAACAACAUCAUUCAUCGGGAUAUAAAACCAGAGAACAUUUUAGUUUCCCAGUCUGGGAUCACUAAACUCUGUGAUUUUGGCUUUGCUCGGACAUUAGCAGCCCCAGGGGACAUUUACACCGACUACGUGGCUACACGGUGGUAUAGAGCUCCGGAACUGGUUUUAAAGGACACCACUUAUGGAAAACCAGUGGAUAUUUGGGCUCUGGGCUGUAUGAUCAUUGAAAUGGCCACCGGAAAUCCUUAUCUUCCCAGCAGCUCUGACUUAGACUUGCUGCACAAAAUUGUGAUUAAAGUAGGCAAUUUGACACCUCACUUGCAGAGUAUUUUUCUAAGGAGUCCUAUUUUUUCUGGAGUAGUCCUUCCUCAAGUUCAGCAUCCAAAAAAUGCCCGAAAAAAGUAUCCCAAGCUCAACGGACUAUUAGCCGAUAUCGUUCACGCAUGUUUACAAAUUGACCCUGAGGAUCGAAUCUCAUGUACAGCUCUCCUGCACCAUGACUAUUUUACCAGAGAUGGAUUCAUUGAGAAAUUCAUGCCAGAAUUGAGGGCUAAAUUACAACAAGAAGCGAAAGUCAAUUCAUUCAAAAAGCCAAGAGAGAAUUUUAAAGACAUCGAACCCAUAAAGGAGGAAAGGAAAGCAGUGCAUGUAAAUAAAAUAGCAAAUAAUUUGACAAUGGGAAAGGAUAUGGACAAAGGAAAAAAGACCAAGGAUGGAAAAGCCAAAGUGAAAAUAAAAGCAGGGAGAGGAGAGAUUUCUGAGGCUCAAAAAAAUGACCAUGGAAGUGUGCAUUGUCAUGGUGAUGUGUCUGAGAAUUUUCUCCCUCUUCAAGACCGUAAGCCUGCAGACAUUGAACUUUUACCCAGCCCCGCAGUUCGUAACGGUGCUAUCAUCACUGGUCACUCGAAGGAAGAGGGGCAUGUCGGAGGUUGCAUGACAAUGCCCCCCAUCAAUCCCAACAGUAGUAAUUUGACAACCGCAAGUUUAAAUUACCCACCCAGCAAUACCAGUAAUAGGCUACCUGACAAAGGCAAAAAGAGACGAAGCCCCUGGCAGACUGGGUGCGGCAUUAAGCAGGAGGAUGGAACCUUUACUCAAGCUGCACUUUAUGAACGCACAGGUCAAGUUGACCACAUGGGAAAUGGGAACAAGAAAAAACUGAACAUUUCAAAGGCCGAGAAGAAAGAGAUCCAUUUCCCAGAGCUGCCAUUAACAUCCCAAUCAAAGGAGCUGAAAGGAAUCGAAGCUAAACAGAUAAAGGUGCUGAAACGGGAGCUGAAGAAAUCAGAUAUAGCUAAAAUACCAACUCUACUUAAUGUGGAUCAGAAUCCAGAAAAGCAAGAGAAUUCAGGAAACGCGCAAACCGAAAGGAAGCUGAACGUACCAGAUGAAGAGUAGAAAGUGCAGUUUCUGGAAUCUCUGGAAACCCCAGUGUUGCUGAAGAGAUUUUAAAAAAUCCUUUCUCAUUAUUUCACAUACAUACACCUUUGAGGCCUGGACAGUUCUGCAACGUGUUUUAUCAUUAGUUAUAAAAACUAAUUGCAUUUUACCUAAAAUAGUUAACGUUUAAAACGAUUCAUAUUUUUUCUUAUUUGAGCAUUAAUUUAAGAAAAGUGCUGGAAAUGUGCAGUGUAUCGAAACUGCAGCCUGCAUUGUGGUUCAGAAGUGGAUCUCUUCCCCUUUUUCUAAACUAGUUCUAAUUAGUAACCGCCUUUGGGUUUGGUUCAGGUAUUUAAGACCGCGGAAGAUAAUGUCCCUGAGGAAAGUUUUGUUUUAAGUUCUGGAACCAUGCAACAUUGCCGAGAAAACAGUACAAGUGACAGGGUGGCAGUGCCCAUUCACAAGCGGAAAUAUACAACGGGCAUACAUAAACUCUUGUCAGUGUUGAGUGGAGUGUGGGUCUUGUUGUGGCCACCCUCCCCAGCUUGCAAAUCCUUUCAGAAUCUCCGAGCAAUUUAAGAGGGACCCAGCAAAAGUCCCUGAAGCACAUAAGCUUGGUUUUUAGGAUGAACAGAGACAAGUUCUUUGUCAUGAGAUGAAUUUGAAGGGCAGAUUUUUUCCCUGUGUUUUUUUUUUUUCCUUUUUCUCCCCUGAAAAAUAAAGGCGGUGUGAGCUGGAAAGAGCUCCACCGCAUUUAACCAACAUUUUCUCGCCAUUGGCAAAAUGUUACCUGUUUUUCUUUCACCCUCUUAAAAGUUCUCAUGACUGGAUGCUAUGAAAUGGAACAAUAAAAGCGUUUUCUCUUUG